AUGGGUAUUCCUACUAAAGUAGAAAACAUCGAAAUCGAUGCAACUUACUUCCGCGGGUACAAUUUAAUUUGGAAUGAUUGGUUCCGAAGUGAACCACUGAAGGAUCCUGCACAUAUAUAUGUGGACGAUACUAAUCGAACUGGAUCUAAUGGCAGUAAUUACAUCACAGAUGCAGAACUAGGCGGUGAGCUGCUGCCUGUAGCAAAAUUUCACGAUUAUUUCACCAGCGCGCUGCCUGAUACACAGUUCGGACCGGGCGUAACUAUACCUAUCGGUGGAACAGCACCAGUAUACACCGCAGAAAAUGAAAUCGACAUCAAACAGCUGUUGGAAGAUGGUAAACUGAGCGUCUUAAAAUGGCAGAGACGAAACGGCGGCGGAACAAGCACCACAGCAGCAAGCUCAGGCUACCGCGCUAUUAUGACAGAUUCACCUACGCCGAGCAGCACCGGACAUUAUACAACCUAUAUUAAUAACAACGCGACAAUCUCCAGCAGCAAUGCAGACUUUAUCAUUCCUAGUAACCUGUGGGCAGACUUGGGAGAAACCAACAGCAUUAAUAUUGCAGCGCUUCGCCGCGCAUUCAGUAUCCAGCAAUGGCAAGAAGCAUUGGCACGCGGAGGAAAUCGAUACCACGAAAUCAUCCGCAGUAUCUUUAAUACGAUUAGCCCGGACGCAAGACAACAGAUGCCAGAAUAUCUUGGCGGCUUCCGAAUGCCUAUCAAUGUAACCUCUGUACUGCAGACUAGCAGCACUGACGCAACAACGCCUCAGGGAAACGAAGCAGGAUACUCCAUUACAACAACUCAGCCGGGCGGGAAACACCUGUUUACCUACAGUGCAACGGAACAUUGCCGCGUAUAUAUACUCGGAUGUCAGAGUACGGCGAUACAACAUUUCGACCGCACUAUCACGAAGCGAUAUUAUAACCUCGAAAUACCGGACAUAAAACCAAUCGGAAAAAACGAGUACAACUGCACAUAUUUCGAAAGCGAAUGGCUGCGCAAAAUAUGGAACCACGGCAACAUAACAAUAGGUCUAUUAGAAUGGGACGCAGCUGCGUACAUAGGCAGAUACAUGACCAAAAAACAAAAAGGACAGAAUGCAGCCAUCUACGAAUGGCAAUGUAUUGAAUCUCCGUGGAGCGUUGUCAGUAACGGAGUAGGACGAAAGUAUUACGAGUUGCACAAAGAAAACAUAUACCGAAAUGAUACGGUAAUAGUCCGAGGGCGAACACACGCAAAAACCUGCAAGCCGCCAAGAAUCUUUGACAAGUGGUUCGAAGGAAGAACAGCCGCAAAUAAUGGCAGCCAUCAAAGAAAGGCGAGCGGACGCAGGCAAUGA